GCUCUCUCUUGGCGCCGAAGCCACAAAUCGUGGCCACCGGCGCCGUCGUCCUUCGACGCCGUCGUAGUCGUCGUCUCAACAGCUUCGUCAACUCAACAGCGAGAGAGAGAUGUGGGGCCCGCCGCCGCGGCGGCGCUGGGGCCCGCGGCCCUGGGGCCCGCGGCCCCUCUGGGGCCCCGGCGUCGUCGUCGUCGGCGGCCCCGGCUACUACGACCGCCGCGGCUACUACCCGCCGGGCCCGCAGUACGCCGUCGCCCAGCCGCCGCGGCUCCGCGUGACGUUCCACUGCGGCGCGGGCAUCGUCGACAAGGGCUGGACGGGCGGGCAGGACGUGCAGUGCGUCGUCUUCGCCUACUACGGCGGCGAGCCCUUCUCGUCGGGCAAGUCGGGCCUCGCGCAGCGCGGCGGCGGCGACCCCGUCUGGACCUACGGCAACUCCGUGUCGCUGCACCUGCCGCACGAGGCGGCCGUCGAGGCCGUGUCGCUCAACGUGCAGGUCCGCUGCGCGAACACGUUCCUCUCCGACGCGGAGGUCGGCAUGUGCGCGCUCGAGCGCAUCCACGAGAUCGCCGACGGCAACCCGCGCGAAUUGCCCGUCGCGCCGCACGGCACGCUGACCGUGUCCGUGCAGUGGAUCCCCGCGGACGUGCCCGCGCAGCGCGCGCCGCCGGCCCCGUACGCGGCGCCCCACUACGCGUCGCCGCCGCCCGUGCCCGCCUACGGGUCGCCGCCGCCCGUGCGCGCCGUGCCCGCGGGCGCGGAGCCGGAGCUCGCGUCGGCCGUCUACGUCGACGACCACCCGCCGAAGAAGGCCGACGGGCAGCUCUAGAUUUUUGUGCUUAGAGCUG